AUGGAUGGGAAGGGACGCCAUGGUGGCGGCGGCGGCGGCGAAGAUCCCCUCACCCUCACCCUCGGAUCCAUCUACUCUAGCGCCCCCACGCCGCCUCCCUCACCGUCCCUGGUGGUGGCCCCUACGCCGCCUCCCUCAUCAUUCCUAGUUGCGGCCCCCACGUUGCUUUCCUCACCAACUCCUGUGGUCGUCCCCAUGCUGCUUCCCUCGCCAACACGGCCGGUGGUCUUCUCGAUGCAGCCUCACUUUGACCUCGUCCCCGCGCUCCCUCCCUCGUCACCGCAGGUGCCACAAUCUUCUCUUUCCUCGCUCUCUGCUCCGGGUUCGACUCGCCACUACCGUAAUAGUCCUCGUUCCUCGCUGCUUGCUCCACCUUCGAAUCGUCGCCGCCUCAACAACCCCGAUGAAGGCCAGUCCCCACGAGGCCGCGGUGAGGAGGCGAAUGGGGACAAUGGAGUGCUAGUCAUGGCGACAUCAUUCCCAUGGGUGACAUCGGCUGAUCUGCCAGUGUUGCAUUGCACCCUAGAGAGCAUGUUGCUGAAGGGCAUCACGUCUGUGGAGGGCAAAGCCACCUGCAAUCGUUGCAGUGCGGAGGUGCCCAUCGCGUACGAUCUGGACGCAAAGUUCCGGGAGGUGCGCGACUAUGUUGCAGCCAACAUCCACAUCAUGGAUGACCGUGCCCCGGAGCACUGGAUGUGCCCGCGGCUGCCAGACUGCGGCUCGUGCGGCAAGAAGGCCUGCAUGUGGCCACAGAUCCCAAACGAGAAGCGUGAGAUCAACUGGUUGUUCCUCUUCCUUGGCCAGAUGCUGGGCUGUUGCACACUAGAAGGCCUCAAGUUCUUCUGCAAGAAUACCAAGAAUCACUGCACUGGCGCCAAGACCCGCGUGUUGUACUAUGCUUACAUUGAGAUGUGCCGGCAGCUCGACCCACAGGGGCCGUUCAAUAUCUGAUUGAUCCAUGCAUGCGUGUGCAUCCGUGUGUCUAGAUAUGUUGGAUAUUAUGUUAUUUUGUUUCUGUUUGCUUGAUUAUCCGGUACUUUUAAGGGGUGAAUGUAACAGAUGAAUAGAUGGCUAGGAAAGAGAUAAAUUUUCCUUUCUUUUAGCUCUGAUUGUUAAGAAUUCAUCCAUUUAUCA